AUGAGCAAAACAGUGAAAGAUACCAAGUUUUAUGAUUUAUUGGGUGUUCAACCUGAUGCCACUGAGGCAGAAUUGAAGAAGGCUUAUCGUAAGAUGGCUCUUAAGUAUCAUCCUGAUAAAAAUCCAGGAUCGGAAAAUGAAGAGAAGUUCAAGUCAAUAGCUCAAGCAUAUGAAGUAUUAUCUAAUGAGAAGACAAGAGAACUUUACGAUAAAGGAGGUGAAGAAGCUCUCAAAGAAGGUGGCGGAGGUGGACACUCAGCAAUGGAUAUAUUUGAUAUUGUGUUUGGUAUGGGAAGAGAUAAACGCUCACGAGAGAAGAGAACUAAAGACAUGAUGUAUCAACUUAGAGUAUCACUUGAUGAGAUGUACAAUGGAAGCAAAAGAAAACUGGCUAUCCAAAGAAAUGUUAUUUGUUCUGCUUGCCAAGGAAAAGGAGGCAAAGAGGGUGCUGUCAGAACGUGUACUGUGUGUGAUGGACAAGGAACUAGAGACAAAUGUAAAGAGUGCUAUGGACAUAAAGUAGUCAGUGAUAAGAAGAUAUUAGAGGUACAUGUUGAUAAAGGCAUGAAAGAUGGAGACAAAGUCACAUUUAGAGGAGAAUCAACUCAGCAACCUGGUUAUGAGACUGGAGAUGUUCUUAUAUUCUUGGAAGAGAGUGAGCAUCAUCUUUUUAAACGGAAGGACACCGAUCUCUUUAUGACACUAGAUGUCAAUUUAGCUGAAGCACUGACGGGUUGUAAGAAGAUCAUCACAACAUUGGAUGAUAGAAAGCUUGUAGUUCAGACUUUACCUGGAGAAGUCAUCAAACAUGGUGAUGUAAAGGUGGUACUCAAUGAAGGUAUGCCUCAAUAUAGGAACCCAUUUGAUAAAGGACGACUUGUCAUAAAAUUUAAUGAUGAGAGUGAUGGCCAUAUGGGAGGUGCUCGAACAGUACAAUGUCAGACUCAGUAG